AAAGAGACGCAUGAGGGUCAUGCGUCUCUCCCAAACCCGGAACAAAAAAAAACUCUAGAACAAACGAGGAAUCUAAGUUCUAUUCUAGAACAAAAAAAGAAAAAACCCCGAGUUGUGGACAUAAUGAGAAAGGCGGGCCAUCUGCGUCUUGUUAAGCCAUACAUGGUAGCUGUUCAAAGCAAUAAUGUAUCUGCCGUCAAUGAAGCUCUCAACGAGAUCUAUGUUGAAGAAGAGGAUUAUGAGAGGCUACGCGAAUCAAUUGACUUGCAUGACAACUUUGAUCAGAUCGACCUUGCUCAAUUGCUGCAGAAUAUGUAUGCACAACUACUUCCUCUUGCUUUGCCGGCCCCUUCCAUGCCUCCCCUCCCCCACCCAUGGGUUGUAUGGGCAUGCCUCCAAUGCCCCCAUUUGGCAUGCCACAAAUGGGAUCCUACUGAUGUGUCGAUUGUUCAUAGCUGGACGUUUCAGUUGAUUGGAAAUGGCAUCCAUGGUGGGGAUGUCAUGCUUUCAUUAUCUAUCGUGUUAUUUUCUCAUAGCAAUCGCCCGGUCUACUGAAACAUUGAUGGGUCAGAAUACAGAGGCUGAGGUUUACUCCAAGGGGAAAGUAAAUUGAUUCAAAGCUGAAUCAAUUUAGUCGAAGAAAUUCAUUUGAUUUGUUGUUGUCUUCGAUAGUGUGGAUAUAUUUAUAUACUCCAUAUACAUAUAUAUUUCUUUGUAAUAUUCUUUGUUAUCUGAGGCAAUUUUUUUGCAGCGUUAGGCAAAAGCUGAGGAUAAUGUGUACUAUAUACUACAAGCAAGUGUUCAGGAACGUGACAUUUUGUACUAAAUCUUCAAAUUUCCGUUUUCAUUUUGUGGUUUAGGUUUGAAAUUUGUAAAUUCA